AUGGAUCUAAACACUCUCUUUGGAGCCCUCAUCACCGGCGGGCAUCGGCCGCAUGAUAGCAACGGGCUUCUGCCAACGGCGCAAAAGUCUACAUCACGGGCCGCGACACGCCGGCCUGACACGCCGCCGUCGGCGACCUCCAGGAGCUUGACGAGUGGCAGGCGGGCGCGGCCUCCCCGGCCCCCCUCCCGCCCGGGCGGCCUGCACGUCCUCGUCAACAAUGCCGGGGCCGCCUGGGGCGCCGACCUGGACUCGCACCCGGACGCGGCGUGGACCAAGCUCCUGACGCUCAGCCUGCAACCUGCAGCGCGCCUUCACCCUGACGCAGCUGUGCCUGCCGCUGCUCGAGAGGGCCGGCAGCCGGGACGACCCCGCGCGCGUCGUCCACGCGGCAGCAUCGACGGCCUGCACCACCUGUCGAGGCACAUUGCGCGGGACCUGGGCUCCCGCAACGUCACGACCAACGUGCUGGCCUGCGGGCGCUUCCGCACAAGGAUGAUGAAGGCGACGCUGGAUGCUGCCGAGGACGUGCUCACCGAGAAUAUCCCCCUGAGGAGGAUCGGGAGGGACGAGGACGUUGCUGGCUCGGCUGUCUUUUGGCGAGCAAGGCUGGGGGUAUCGUUCCUGUUAAAGACGGGCAAAACGAAACUUUGUUUGGCCGCCAAAGAAGCUCCCGCCGUGGCAAAGCAAACCUGGCCGCAGAACAGACUCCUCCCUAGAUAUAAUGCCUUGUUGCGCCGACUAUAA